AGAGACCACAGACUCCGGGACAUAGUAAAAAAAACACACACCACACUAACUACACUGAGUAUUGAAAAUUUUAUCCGUAAUCUAGGGCAACCUCAAUAUCCAUCAUUUUGUGGCGAAAAAUACUAUUAUUAAGCAAAAUAUGAUUGGUAGAAGCACUCUUUUAGCCAGGCAGGCAUUCACAUCUUUCGUCAGACAUCACAGUCAUGGAGGCGUUCCGGGAGAAAACUUGCCGUUUGACAUUACAAACCGUUACAAGCUAACAGCGCUUUUUAUUGCAUUCUUCGGUUCAGCAUUUGGUGCACCAUUUCUCAUAUUGAGACACCAAUUGCUUAAAAAUCAGCAAUCCUAAUUAUAUUACUAGGGUUCUAGUUUUGAUUAGCGAGUUAUACUUACUUUACUCAGUGUGUCAUUGCGUAGGCUCAAAUAAAAAGUAAAGUAUUCA